UCUCUUCAUUAACAAAAAACAAUCCUCUCUUCGUGUUUUUCUUUUGGAUCCAAAGCUCUCUUAAAUCUGUAAUCAACAAUGGCCGCCACCACCGAGAAUCUCCCUCAACUCAAAUCCGCCGUCGAUGGCCUUUCUGAGAUGAGUGAGAAUGAGAAGAGCGGAUUCAUCAGCCUCGUUUCACGUUACCUAAGCGGUGAGGCACAGCACAUUGAGUGGAGUAAGAUCCAGACACCUACUGAUGAAAUCGUUGUUCCCUACGAGAAAAUGGCUUCCGUCUCCGAAGAUGUAUCCGAGACCAAGAAUCUGUUGGACAAACUUGUUGUCUUAAAGCUUAAUGGAGGUCUUGGGACAACAAUGGGAUGCACUGGCCCCAAGUCUGUUAUCGAAGUUCGUGACGGUUUGACAUUUCUUGAUCUGAUUGUUAUCCAGAUUGAGAAUCUCAACAACAAGUAUGGCUGCAAGGUUCCGUUGGUUCUCAUGAACUCAUUUAAUACACAUGAUGACACACAAAAGAUUGUGGAAAAGUACACCCACUCAAAUGUUGACAUUCACACAUUUAACCAGAGCAAAUAUCCCCGUGUUGUGGCAGAUGAGUUUGUGCCAUGGCCCAGCAAGGGAAAGACCGACAAGGAGGGCUGGUAUCCUCCUGGUCAUGGUGAUGUAUUCCCAGCCCUCAUGAACAGUGGAAAGCUCGAUACUUUCUUAUCACAGGGUAAGGAGUAUGUGUUUGUUGCCAAUUCAGACAACUUGGGUGCCAUCGUUGACUUAACAAUCCUGAAGCAUUUGAUCCAGAACAAGAACGAGUACUGCAUGGAAGUUACACCCAAAACCUUAGCUGAUGUAAAGGGAGGAACUCUCAUUUCUUAUGAAGGCAAAGUCCAGCUUCUGGAGAUUGCUCAGGUUCCUGAUGAACAUGUCAAUGAAUUCAAAUCGAUUGAGAAGUUCAAGAUAUUCAACACAAACAACUUAUGGGUUAACUUGAAGGCCAUCAAAAAGCUUGUGGAAGCUGAUGCACUUAAAAUGGAGAUCAUUCCAAACCCAAAGGAAGUUGAUGGAGUCAAAGUUCUUCAACUGGAAACUGCUGCUGGUGCUGCGAUAAGGUUCUUUGACAAUGCUAUCGGUGUUAAUGUACCUCGCUCACGGUUCUUGCCAGUGAAGGCAAGCUCAGACUUGCUGCUCGUCCAGUCUGAUCUCUACACGUUAGUUGAUGGCUUCGUCACCCGAAACAAAGCUAGAACUAACCCCUCAAACCCAUCAAUUGAAUUGGGACCUGAGUUCAAGAAGGUGGCUAAUUUCUUGAGCCGGUUUAAGUCCAUUCCUAGUAUAGUCGCGCUCGACAGCCUUAAGGUGUCUGGGGAUGUCUGGUUUGGCUCUUCGGUUGUUCUCAAGGGCAAAGUAACUGUGACGGCAAAAUCCGGUGUGAAGCUCGAAAUUCCGGACAGGGCCGUGGUCGACAACAAGGAAAUGAUCGACGAAUUCGAGAUAUACUUCUUGCUCUUUGAUAGAGCUGGUUAUGGAGAAAGCGAUCCUCAUCCAUCACGAACACUAAAAACAGAUACAUAUGAUAUCGAAGAACUUGCUGAUAAAUUGCAAAUCGGUCCAAAGUUCCACGUCUUAGGAAUGUCACUCGGGGCUUAUCCAGUUUACGGCUGUCUCAAGUACAUUCCUCAUAGAUUAAGUGGAGCAACGUUGGUGGUUCCGUUACUGAAUUUUUGGUGGAGUCGUCUGCCUCUAAACUUGUCGAUUUCAGCGUUCAAGAAAUUGCCAAUUCAAAAUCAGUGGACACUUGGAGUCGCACACUACUUUCCAUGGUUAUUAUAUUGGUGGAUGACUCAGAAAUGGUUCUCCCCAUUUAGUCAGAAUCCUAAAGAAACUAUGACCGAGCGCGAUAUAGAACUCGCGGAUAAGCAUACAAAACACUCAUAUAUCAAGGAAUCCGCACUACGACAAGGUGAAUAUGUGAGCAUGCAACGAGACAUCAUUGCGGGUUACGAGAAUUGGGAGUUUGAUCCAACCGAGCUGAGCAAUCCAUUUUCAGAUGAUAACAAAGGGUCAGUUCACAUUUGGUGUGCACUUGAAGACAAACAAAUUUCGCAUGAAGUUUUACUCUACUUAUGUGAUAAGCUUCCAUGGAUAAAGCUUCACGAAGUCCCUGAGGCUGGACAUCUUAUUAUCCAUGAGAAGCAGCAUUUUGAAGACAUUAUUAAAGCCGCUUGUAGUUGAAUGUGAAAAGAAAAAGAAAAAAAUAACUUCAAUAGUUUGUGUUUGGAAUGGAUUUGAAAUUUGAUAUCCUUUAUCUUAUAAAGCACAAGUCACAUG